GUGACAUAAACCACACGCUUUCAACAUGGCUGCGCCCGCAAAGAGCACGGAUGCUUCAAUAUCAGUUACUACGGGUCCAUCGGCAACUGUUUCAACUGCGGAAAAUGUUCCACUACAGUAUAGUCUUAUUCUGGAUCACCUUAUCGGUGGCAAAAGGCAGAUUAAAGACCUGAAUCCGACUGUUAUGGGUGCUUUACCGAGCCCUCAGAAAACAGAGGAGCAGAAGAUGAUCGAGAGGGGAAUGGAGAGCUGCGCGUUUAAAUCACUCAUAGCAUGUGUCGGAGGGUUUGUGUUGGGAGGUGCUUUUGGUGUCUUCACAGCCGGUAUUGACUCCAACGUUGGGCUUGAUCCCAAAGACCCCCUAAGGACCCCCACAGCAAGAGAGGUGCUGAGAGACAUGGGGCAGAGAGGAAUGUCAUAUGCUAAAAACUUUGCUAUUGUGGGUGCUAUGUUUUCAUGCACGGAGUGUCUCAUAGAAUCGCAUCGUGGGAAAUCUGACUGGAAAAAUGCAGUGUAUAGUGGCUGUAUUACAGGAGGUGCCAUUGGAUUCAGAGCUGGUCUUAAAGCUGGAGUUCUGGGCUGUGGAGGUUUUGCUGCGUUCUCUGCUGCCAUUGAAUACUACCUCAGAUGAACAGCAGCUUCAGGACUGUUACCGUGUACUGUUGUGAGUUCCUCACUGUAUAAUGGAAGACAUUAUCACAGGGGACAUUUUGCAAUCUUCUUCUGUCCCAGCAAUCAAGAGGCGUUCCAUCCCUCCAGAAGAGAGUGGAGUGGACCAAUAGAACAACACUCAAGCAGUUGUUGUUUUUUUUCUUCCUGAGGGAUGUCUUGAUUGUUCUCUGUCAGACCAUCUGAUGAUGCACAUCGCCUAAAAACCUCCUAGGAUGAUAUUUGUACAUAAUUGGACCUAAAAUGAUAUGCUUUGUGCUGGUUGUUGCACUGAGCAAAAUAAGAUAAAAUGUCCAGCGAUAUACUUUGUCUGUGGAAGAAAUAAUAAAGAGUGGUAUCAAGUUGGAUGGGGUGUAACGGGGCAUAACAUCUUCAUAUUUGUUCACACUUGUUGUCUAUAUUAUAUUAUGUAGCCGAGUAGUGUUCCAGUGAAAUAUUAACACACAUCUUCUUAGUAAACAAAGGCUGCUCAGUUUAAAAGAAUUCACCAAAUCAGAUUUAUUUUCUUUCAAAGUGGUGUUUGGAUUUACAAGUUUCCAGAAAAUAAGCCCAAUCAAGCAUUUAUAUUAGUUUCACUCUGUAGCCCCUUUCUAAAAGGAGAGUUCUUCAAAUGUCAUCCUACAAACAAACAGAAACCUAAAUAUUUAUAUGAAAUCCGAUACAAUAUAUAUGUGAAAAUCAAAAUGUUAUCAAAAAUAAGAGGCAGGGAGUGCUAAAGGUUGUGCAUUAGGAAAUCAGAAUGAAAUCAUGCUUUGAGGUCAAGCUGACAUAGCAAGGAAGUGUGUUUUCCUCACCAGGAAACAGAUAAUGCAAACGUGCUUCUGGCUACUUCCCAGUUCUCUGAAAGGUUUCCUUUCCCACUGGCCUCUGUCUGAACAAGAGUUAAUAAUGCUGAACUGAGUUUGGAGAUGCAACCAAGGAAUGAGUUGGAAAUAAGUGUACAUUUUGAUAUAGCUUUCUGGACCACUGAUGAAAUGCUUUUAAAUCCAUGCAAAAAUCUAAACAGUAGAUAUGUAACUUGGAUUUGAACUGACCCACAUUGUCUAAUUUUAUGAGGAAUGGAUGCCGUUCAGAAAACUGGGUAACAUUAUAGACCUUUAGUUUAGAUUUCCUUUAAAUUAGUUUCACGAAUGCAAAUAUAAAGACAAUAUAGCAAGAAAACAGAACGUCAUUUAAAAUUAUUUUAAGACUUAGAAGCAUGUUUAACGGACAAAGUUAGCUGUAACAAUUUAUUCAAAUUAUACAUAGAAAUCAAACCUACUAGCAUAAAGAAUUAAAGUGUCAUUGUGAUAGAUGUUUUUCUUAGUUGUGUAAUGUACUUUGAACAUUAAAACAAAAAAAGUGAGCAGAGAUGGUCACAACCUAAAACACCGCCUGCCCAGGGCUCCUGUGCAUUGAGCUUGUUUCAAUAUCACAAACAACUUUAAUACAAGGCACUGUAUUUAUGAUAUUCCAGACAACACAUAAUUUGGGGUAAAACAGCUUUUAUAGAUUUAAUAAUAUUUAUUAUAGCUUGAUUUUCUAUCCUCAGACUUUUCCAGUUAUCUGCAUAUAUUUGCCUUCCUCCAUUGCUGUUGCAACCAUUUACAGUAAACUAUAAAGCUCCAAACAAAGCACCCAUCAAAACAGCCUAGUUUAGAUUUGAUAUGUAUUAAAAAUCAGAGCAAGCUGAUAAAAAUUCUGAACAUCUUCACCUCUUAUUCCUCCACUUCUGUCCUUCUCACAACAUGCCGGUCAUAUAUUUAAUAUUUAAGAGAAUGAACUCCAUUUCAUGACCAUUAAGCCUUUUUUUAGUUUGAGAGACUAUUUUUAUGACAGAUAAACAUUAAUUUCACAUUACCCCUG